CUGAAAAUGAAGCUCUAACGCUGCCAACUCUCACAAGCUUCCCUCCAUCCUUUCUCCAUUUCCAAUAACAACAUUUAAAUCUUUCGUUAAAUUGUACAUGUCCAAAUCACCAAUAUAUACGCUUUAAAGUAAAACUGCAGUACCUGUUUCUUGACCGGAAGUAAUACUUUGAAAUCUUGGUCUCUUCAUAGGCCAAGAUGGACAUACUCUUCUAUCAGAUCCAAGCGGACCUUCGCUCAAAUGACGCUUUACGCCAAUCUGGUGCUCUUCUUCAAGCUCUCCAGCAAUCAGCUGGUGGCCGUGACAUUUCCGUCAUCGCCAAGACCGCCGUGGAAGAGAUCGUCGCUGCACCAGCCUCCGCUGUCUGUAAAAAGCUUUCCUUCGACUUAAUUCGAUCCACGCGGCUAACUGCGGAUCUAUGGGACUCCGUUUGUACCGGUGUUCGUAACGAUCUCCACUUCCCUGACCCUGAUGUCACUGCAGCUGCUGUGUCUAUUCUUGCUGCUAUGCCUUCUCACUCGCUUUCUAAACUGAUUAUGGAUUCCAAUACUGAAAUCUCUGGUUGCUUUGAUUCUCCUAGCGAUAAUUUACGGUUUUCGAUUACUGAAACCCUUGGUUGCAUUUUGGCUCGUGAUGAUAUGGUGACGUUAUGUGAAAACAAUGUGAAUUUGCUUGAUAAGGUAUCGAGAUGGUGGGGGCGAAUUGGGCAAAACAUGUUGGACAAAUCUGACGCCGUUGUUAAAGUCGCGUUUGAAUCAGUUGGGAGGUUGUUUCAGGAGUUUGAUUCGAAGAGGAUGAGUCGAUUAGCGGGUGAUAAGUUAGUUGAUAGCGAAAAUUCAUUAGCGAUUAGGUCUAAUUGGGUUUCAUCAAUGGUGGAUUUCAUUUGGAAGAGAAGAAGUACUUUAAUGUCCAGGUCAUUACUCUUACCUAUAGAGAAUUUUAGGGCUACUGUGUUCCCACUUGUGUAUGCAGUGAAGGCAGUCGCGUCAGGCAACUUGGAGGUAAUCCGGAAGGUUUCCAAGGCUGCUGCCAGUGGAGUCAAUGGUAGCGUGGUCGAUUCUAAUGCAGAGAAGUUAGUUGGGGUGUCUGAUGUGGUAACGCAUUUAGCUCCCUUUUUAGCGUCAUCACUGGAUCCAGCAUUGAUUUUUGAGGUGGGAAUUAAUAUGUUGUACCUGGCUGAUGUGCCUGGAGGCAAGCCGGAGUGGGCUUCACAAUCUAUUAUUGCCAUCUUGACGCUUUGGGAUAGGCAGGAAUUUUCUUCAGCAAGGGAGAGUAUUGUUAGAGCUGUCGUUACAAAUCUGCAUCUCCUUGAUCUUCAUAUGCAGGUUUCAUUGUUUAAAAGGCUGCUUUUGAUGGUGAGAAAUUUGAGGGCAGAAUCAGACCGCAUGCAUGCGAUAGCAUGUAUUUGUAGGACAGCUCUUUGUGUUGACCUUUUUGCUAAGGAAAGUGUCCGAAGAGGUCAGAAACCUCUUGCAGGCACUGACAUUGCUUCUCUUUUUGAGGAUGCAAGAAUAAGAGAUGACCUUAAUAGCGUAACAAGUAAAAGCUUAUUUAGGGAGGAGUUAGUGGCAUCACUGGUGGAAAGUUGCUUCCAGUUGUCUCUACCUUUGCCUGAACAAAAAAACUCAGGAAUGGAGAGCAGAGUGAUUGGAGCUUUGGCUUAUGGAACUGGUUACGGUGCACUGAACUGGACUGAACCAGCUUUGGAAGUGGUGGAAGUCUGCAGGCCUUGUGUAAAAUGGGAUUGUGAUGGAAGGACCUAUGCAAUUGAUUGCUAUUUGAAGUUACUUGUUAGGCUGUGCCAUAUCUAUGAUACCCGAGGUGGGGUAAAAACUGUUAAAGAUGGUGCUUCUCAGGAUCAGAUUUUAAAUGAGACAAGACUGCAAAAUUUGCAACGUGAACUUGUGCGGGAUCUGCGUGAGGUAAGUAACACAAGAGUAUGUGCUCGUCUUAUUUGGGCAGUCGCAGAACACAUAAACUUGGAAGGACUGGAUCCACUUCUAGCUGAUGACCCUGAGGAUGCAUUGAACAUGAUUAUAUCAAAUAUCCACAAGGUUUUAUUCAACAUUGAUUCAUCUGCGAAUACAUCCAAUAGGCUUCAAGAUGUUCAAGCAGUUCUUUUAAGUGCUCAGCGGUUGGGAUCACGUAAUGCUAGGGCUGGCCAGUUACUAACUAAAGAGCUGGAGGAGUUCAGAAACAGUGGGUUGGCUGAUUCUGUCAACAAGCAUCAGUGCCGUUUGAUAUUACAGAGAAUUAAAUAUGUCCAAAGUCAUCCCGAUAAUAGGUGGGCUGGGGUUAGUGAAGCUAGAGGAGACUAUCCAUUCAGCCACCAUAAACUUACUGUUCAAUUUUACGAAGCAGCUGCGGCACAGGACAGAAAGUUAGAAGGAUUAGUUCACAAGGCUAUUUUAGAGCUUUGGCGGCCAGAUCCUAGUGAAUUAACUAUUUUGCUCACAAAAGGAAUUGAUUCUAAAUUACUCAAGGUUAUGCCAGCUGCAUAUACUUUGACUGGCAGCAGUGAUCCAUGCUAUGUCGAAGCGUAUCAUUUGGCAGACUCUGGUGAUGGCAGGAUCACUCUGCACCUGAAGGUCUUAAAUUUGACUGAACUUGAACUUAAUCGGGUGGAUAUUAGGGUUGGGUUAUCCGGUUCACUAUAUUUUAUGGAUGGAUCUCCUCAGGCUGUGCGACAGCUACGCAAUCUUGUUUCACAGGAUCCAGUACUCUGCAGUGUGACAGUGGGUGUAUCCCACUUUGAGAGAUGUGCCCUUUGGGUUGAAGUCUUGUACUACCCAUUCUAUGGAAGUGGUGCUAUAGGAGAUUAUGAUGGUGACUAUUCUGAGGAGGAUCCACAAAUCAUAAGGCAGAAAAGAAGCUUAAGACCAGAACUAGGAGAACCGGUGAUUUUGAGGUGUCAGCCUUACAAAAUCCCUUUGACUGAACUUCUUUUGCCACAUAAAAUAUCACCUGUUGAGUUCUUUCGCUUAUGGCCUAGUUUACCAGCCAUAGUGGAGUAUACUGGCACAUAUCUGUAUGAAGGAAGUGGCUUCAAGGCUACUGCUGCACAACAAUAUGGGUCUUCUCCUUUCCUUAGUGGACUGAAAUCUUUGCCUUCCAAGCCUUUUCACAGUGUUUGCUCCCACAUGAUCCGCACAGUGGCAGGAUUUCAGCUUUGUUAUGCUGCAAAAACCUGGUUUGGGGGAUUCUUGGGCUUGAUGAUUUUUGGAGCCAGUGAAGUUAGCAGAAAUGUGGACUUGGGUGAUGAGACAACUACCAUGUUAUGCAAAUUUGUGGUCCGAGCAUCCGAUUCAUCAAUCACCAAAGAGAUUGAAGCAGACUUGCAGGGUUGGUUGGAUGACCUUACUGAUGGGGGUGUGGAAUACAUGCCUGAAGAUGAAGUGAAGGAGGCUGCGGCCGAGAGACUUAGGAUUUCAAUGGAACGGAUAGCUUUGCUAAAAGCGGCCCAACCGCCACCUAAAGCUCCAAAAUCUGACGAUGAAGAGGAAGAAGAGGAAGACGAGGAUAAAAAGAAGGAAAAGAAUGGGGAAAAGAAAGAUGGUGAAGAUGGUAAACCUAAAGGAACCUUGUCAAAGUUGACUGCAGAGGAGGUUGAGCACAUGGCUCUUCAAGCAGCAGUGCUCCAGGAAUGGCACAUGCUUUGCAAAGAGAGAAGCACUCAGGUUAAUUGAAACCUGCAUCUCUUAAUUUUUAGAAAGAAGGGUUUGAGAAAAUUUCUUGUACUCGUGUAAUCUAAUAUUGAUUCUUGGAAUAGGUAGAAAAUUUAGGAUACAGACUGCCUCUUUCUUCGUCUUCUUCCCUUCUUUCUUUUCUUGUCAAAAUACUUCAGUUUUUAUGGGAUAUUCCCUUGUACAUCAUGUACCGGAUAGGCAUUAUUUCAUUGCUUCUUUGUGAGGAAUUAAAGAAAAAUGAGUUGAAGUGUUUUCCGUAUUCUUUCUA